AUGGUGCCGAACCAGAGCGCGAUACUCUACCAGAGUGCAGACCGCGAGAUCACGCUCAUCGACAUACCCACGUCCAUUGCCAGAGCCCAGGGCCGCGCCGACACGCUCUUGUCCACUCCACCGUUGGAAGAACCGAUCCAGACCAGCGAGCAGCACCAACCCAAGCCUGGGAAGCUCGCAGAGACGACGUCGCCAGACGCAGCGCAGCAUGAGACGUACACGCAGCUGAUCCAGCAAGCGCUGCUCGACAUCCAGGCUCAUGUCCCUGGCCCGUGGUGCGCUCCGAGACAGAUACUGCCCCAACCACACCGGACCGGCAAGAAUGCAGCUGCUUCGGACGUGGAGAAAGAGUUGGAGCAUCGAUUCCGCGAAUGGGCGGCUGCUGAGGAGAGCGCACACGACGACGCGUCCUUUGACUUUCAAAAAGCCAUGGCCGCCCUGGGUGCGCCAGAAGUCCAGCUGGCGACGAGCACGACCGAGGCGUCAAAAUGGACCAUGACCAGGACCACGCCCCAAGACGCAGACAUGACCAGGACCACGACUGGGACUGCGACCACGACUGGGACUGCGACCACGACCACGACCACGACCACGACCGCGACCACGACCGCCUGGUCGCCUGCAUUCUACAACGCGAGUCCGCAGCCGCUGGACCUGACCGUCGCCCACGCCACGCCCGGCCCGCCAGCCUACCGCUUCACGAUCCCGCCGCUCUCCGGCUACGUCCUCGGCGACUGCGCGCAUCCCGGCUCGUUCCGGGCCUCGCUGCGCCGCCUCGCCGCCUCCCACAGCGUCCCGCUGCACUUUGACCUGGUGCUGCUCGACCCGCCCUGGCCCAACCGCUCAGCGAAGCGCAAGGGCGCAUACGAGCAGGUCGGCGGCAUUCCGCAUCUGCGGCGCCUGCUGCUGCGAAUGGACAUGGAGACGUACCUCGCCCCGCACGCGCUGGUCGGGGUCUGGAUCACCAACAAGCCCGCGGCGCGCGCGCUGGUGCUCGGGCCCGGCGGCCUGUUUGAGCGCUGCAACGUCGCGCUGCGCGAGGAGUGGGUGUGGAUCAAGACCACCACGCACGGAGCGCCGGUGCGCGCCCUCGACGACCCGGCGCGGAGGCCGUACGAGGUGCUGCUGCUGGGCCGCGCGGGCCCGAAUGCGUGGACGCCGCCGCGUAGGCAGAGUCCGCGACGGAGGGUCGUGGCGGGCGUGCCGGAUGUGCAUUCGCGCAAGCCGUGUCUGAAGGAGCUGUUUGAGAGCGAGGGCUUGCUGCCGGCGGGGUAUAGUGCGCUCGAGGUUUUUGCGCGGUACUGUGUAGAGGGCUGGGUGGCGUGGGGGAACGAGGCGAUCAAGUAUAAUGCGCAUGUCUACUGGGCGGAUCGAUGA